AUGGAAUACACUCAAAUUCCUUCCUUUGCUCUCUACAACAAUGCUUCCAUCUUCCAAUUCUUCCCCCGUAAUAAGCGUCUCAGUACUCAUCAGAAAUCUUGCCUUGAUGAGCAUGCUCGAAAAAUGGCUGUUUUCAUGAUGGAGAGACAAGAAGAGUACCGUUACUACGAGAACUUGGCCAAUCAGGAACAAUUCUCCGAUGAUGCCUGCUUCAGUGACACUGGAAUGGACUCCGGAUUCUGCAGUGGAGACACUUCAACUGGACAAUCAGCUUCAACAUCUCCUGCUCCAGCCCAUCUCAUUCCAAACCCAUUCUUUGAUCCAGAAUAUGUUGCUUCCAAGACAACUAUGAAACUCGUUGCCAAUCCAUUCUACAACCCAAAGCUCGCCAAGGAAAUCAAGAAGAAGUCUACUCAUACUUCUAAGUUUCAAUAA